AUGAAUUGGGCUGAUUCUGUUGUUCCUGAAGAAGAACAAUGGAUUCCAUUUUAUUAUGAAGAAGAUAUUAAUAAUAUCAGUAAUGAACAAAAUGAAAAAGCUCCAUUUGUUCCUAUCACUAUCCAAACAUUAAAUCAAUUAAUUCCUUUUAUGCAAUUAAAACAAAAUGACGUUCUACUAGAUUUAGGUUGUGGAGAUGGUAGAAUAAUAAUUGAGUCAUUACUUCAAACUCAAUGUAAUGAAGCUUAUGGAAUUGAUAUUGAACCAGAAGCCAUUUCUCAAGCUAAGAGCCAUUAUAAAGAAAGUAAAUUAACUAAACCAAUAACAUUUAUAUGUGAUGACUUCUUUAAAACUAAUCAAAUACCAUGGAAUAAGAUAACAGUAGUAGUUAUGUAUUUAUUACCAAGUGUGAUGGAUAAAUUAUAUCCAUUAUUAAAAUCUAAAUUGUCUCAUUGUAGAAUAUUUUGUGCAUGUUUUAAAAUGUCGUCAAAUAUUCCAAAAACAAUUAUUCGUUCAUCUUCAUUCCCUGAUUUUAUUGAAAUAAAAUUAUAA